AUGCAGGAACACACGCAGAGCCCUAGGCACAGCAAGGAGGAUCUGGACAGGCUUAACCAGGACAUCCAGAGGCUGAUCAUGGAGCCCUGUGAACUAGAGAAAGCCAAGGACCUGCCAGCCCUGCAGGAGGAGAGGGCCUCAGGCAGUGCUAAGGGCAAGUUGUCCUGGCUGGAGGUCGCCCUGCAGCAGGCAAAGCAGGACAUGGUGCGGCAGCUGCGUGAGUACCAGGAACUCAUGAUCGUCAAGCUGAGCCUGGACUUUGAGAUCGCCACCUACCGCAAGCUGCUGGAAGGCGAGGAGAGCUGGCUUGGUCUAGGAUUUGGGGCAGGGACUGUCGCUCCAGGUGGCGCUCGGGCCGGGACGCCCGGCUCUGCCUCGGGCCCCGCCCGAGACGAGCGCCCCUGGCGGCGGCUGCGCGCUCUCCGGCUGCCCCGGCUGUGCCGGGGACUUCAGCUGCAGCGGCUCCCGCGGAUGCUGAAUCCUUCCCGCCCCGCUCCGGAGAAGACAAGGACCCUCAGCUUCUGCCCCAAAGACUUGGCCCUCUUGUCUCAGACGCACCCUCCCAUGGAGCUGGCUCUCACUUUGCCCCUCUCUCUUCCCCCCCAACCCCGGAGCGACGACUCCUUUGCAAUAAAAAAGUCUGCAGUGCUGAACGGCCAAGCUGUUUGA